UUUCCAUAAUUAUACUCUGCUUGUGUACAUCACAUUCUACCGAGACAUUUAUACAGUAACUGUUCCAAUAGUCCAAGUAACAGUUAGCUUGGUCCAGCAACCCUCUUCCUCUGUCUCUGUUCCAACGAAAGGAAACGACUUGCCCAUCGAGUUGCUGACUGCGGAGUGCCGCACGGGCCCGGUGGUGUGGUGAUUAUUACACUUGUAAAGUGCAGUGGACAACAGGGAAUCACAGUUGGGAAGAGAGAAUUGAAGGACUUGAGAUCUCGUUGACGACUUUUUGGUCGCUGGACUCCAGUCCGGCAGUGCAGUGGCCGUGUGGGAUCGCUAGCGCACUUUAUCGCGGCAGCUGGUUUGUGCUAUCAUUAUUCUCCACCCUGGCAAGGAGACGCUUACAUUCAUACUGUCUCCCGGGCGGCGUUGGGGUAAAGAGGGAGAGCAAGGAUGGUGAAAGGACAGAAGGCGCAGAAGAAUCCCAAUGCGGGAAAAAAACAGCCGGCAAAGAGCUCCAAAGCUGCCGAAGUCCUCGGUAAGUCUGGCGGUCUGCUCACUUUUUCAGACUAUGGUAGCCUUCCAUCAUCAACAUCAGCUUCAUCGACAUCGGCCGUAGCAACAGCAGCAGCAGCACCAGGCUAUAUUCCAGUGGCAGCAGCCAGCGGCUCAGUGGCAGCCAUGGAUAUCAGUGACUCAGACCUCCCGCCCGAUGUUCUCCCCAAUCUGCGCAAGCUGAGCAAACGUGAUGCAACGACCAAGGCCAAGGCACUUUAUCACCUUGGCCAGUUGAAGUUUAAUGAUCUUACAGACCAAGAGAUCAAGGCCAUAUUGCGACACUGGCCUCGCCUGUUCUGCCGACUGGUCACGGAUUAUGACCACAUGGUGCGUGAGUACACACUUCGUUUUCAUGACUCGCUGGCACGGCGAGCUGGAAAGCUCAUUGAGCCACACCUGAAGUCAUUAGUGCCCGCCUGGAUUGGGCUCAAGUUUGAUGUUCACACGCCAACGUCAAAGUUUUGUAACAGCAGCUGGAGCAGUAUAUUCCCCCCGGAGAAGAACAGGAAGGUGAUAGGAAUCUGCCUCUCGGAAUGUCUAAAGCAAUACAAUUACAAUCUUCUGGAGGAGACACCAGAGUCGUUGACAGAGCUCAGUCCCGGCACAGAUGAAGAGAAACAAGCACGGUUUGAGCGGUUGAUAGCGUCGUCGUAUCUUUCUUUGGAGUAUGUCAUCAUGUCGCUGAAUACUGAUGAUCGUUCUGCUGAACUGACUUCUCAGCAAGUGGAGAGUGUCUCGCUUUUGACCAGCAAUAAGAAAAUCUGGAAGUGCGCUUCGCACCCUUCUGCUGCUAUCCAGACAGCCUUCUACUUAUUCCUUGCCGCACUCUGCAAGGCCUUAUCGCCAGUGGUCGAGAAGCAGUACGAAAGAAUUGCCAAAGUAACACUGGGCUGCCUGGAGAAGACUGACAGUAGAGUGUGCCGGCCACUGUGGGAGACUGUGCUGCUACUGGUGACCAAGUUCCCGGAGUGUUGGAAUAGCAUCAGCCCAGAGAAGCAAGUGUUCCCAGGUCUGUUCAAAGUCUUGUCAUCGGAUAGUGCUGCAACACUGAGUAGUGUGGUUCCCAACAUUCUACCGUUCCUCAGUGCCGUACCCAGACAGCUCAUUGGAGAAUACUCGCCAUACGAGCCAGUUCCGAGUUUCUUAUCGCAAUUCUUUCAGAGCCUCCGAGACAGUUUCUACAGUCGUCGAGUGGAUGAUGCUCAUCGGCGGAAGGCUGUGGAGUGCUACCUGGUCUGCUUACGUUACACAUUGCUUCAAGUGCCGUUUGCUGAUGAAGUGCGCAAUGACGACAUCACCAUUGCGGAGGUGUCUUCAGCACUUCUGGAGGCCCAGCUGCUGCCUGUGGUGGAAGCAGCCUUCGCCAACCGGAUUCCACCCACAGUGCUGUUCGACCCUCUGAACAGCUUCUUGAGGCGGCUCCUGAAACGCAUUCACAACGACACAAGCAGAAUUCCACCAGAUGAUGAGGCAGGUACACCACGGCUUUCCAUGGAUCUCCUGCCAGAGGUAUUCUGGGAGGAGAUGGAGGCGCUGUUGUCCAUGGAAGUUAAUCGUCCCGGCCAGCCAAAGGCGAAACUGGACAAAGUCAGUAUUCUUCUGGUGCGACUGAGCACGUCUCUUCGUGACGAGGGUCGUCUAUCAGUGCACGCUAUUGGGUCGGACCUGGAUCCAGCAUUUGAGCCACUCCACGGUCUGAUUGCUGAUGUUGCCACCUCGGCACUCGCCUAUUCGUACGAGCAUGGCUCCAUGGAUCACCUGCGCAUCUUCUCCUGUAUUAUCCGCACGCCUGUGGGUCACUCAGUUCUGAGGUACGCGCUCUCCAACCCAUCCGGCUACGACUACAUCACAAACACUCAGAGCAAGUAUCCUCACAUCCGUGUCUUCACCGACUUUGACGACAUGGCCAGCUGCCCAGCGGAUCACGUUGCCGAAGUGUUCCUGCAGUGGGUGGUCUUCCCCUGGUUGUAUGAGAGUGUGAAGUGUGGCGAGGAGCAGAGCCUGGCACGCUACUCAUCCAUGAUCAAACUGUGCCUUGUGGAGGUCGCCUUUGCCAUCAUACUGCAUGCGCCCUCCACACAGCGCGUAGACCUGCUGAACGAGAUGUGCCGCAUGUGUGGCCAGAAUGUCCUCGUGCUCUGCGCAAUGAUCCGCCAGGCCGUGCUCUGGCUGCAAGACCAGGACAAUGCCAUAUUCGUGCAGGAUUGGCUCUCCGGAGAAGAGCUAGGUGGCUGUCUUGUGGUACUGGUGUGGAAGGCGACCAAUGCUGCAUCCCCGCCUUUGGCCCUCUCGGCUGAUUUAACCAUCUAUGAGGGUAGUGAGGUGCCAGACAGCAGUAUCUCAGCUGAGUUGUCUAUUUGGCACAGCGUACACCUGCUACUACGGCCCGGCUCGGGAAAAGAACUGCUGAUGUCUAGCGAACAUGCAGACAUUAUCCUGAAACACACAUGUAUCUUGUUCGAAGAGUCGCUGCCGGAUCGAAGCAAGGCGCUGAUCGCCGCACUGCAAUUAGCGCAGAGCUACUUUGAUGGACUUGUGGAGGGUGGAACUAUGUUGAAACAUGCUAGCUACCUGAUGAUGACAGUGUUCAAGGCCACCUGUGAUCCUGACCCAUCAUUCAAUCCGAAAGUCAUCACUCAUAUGCGCAUGGUUUGGAAGAGCGGCCUGACCCACUUUGCCCGUCAGCAGCCUCAAGAGUGCCUGAAAUGGGUGGAGGAGGUGUCUAACUGGGCACAUGAUGUUCUCCUAUCAUCUGCCCUGACCACUCUCUCAAGCGUGAAGGAACUGGCAGACACGUUGAUCUUGGUGCUUGAACUCACAAGGGCAGCAGGGCUGGACACACCCCUCCCUGCUCGUCUUGCUGCACUUGUGCCAAACAAGGAACGCUGGGAGCUCGCACGUGUGUUAGCUGGCAGAAGUGGUACGUGCACUGGUAGUUUGGUGGACGGCUCUCUGUCUCUGUUUGAGCUCAUCCCGGACAGCUUCCCGUCGGCGUCCGAGCUGAGCACGAUGCGCCGCAUGUCGGCCAAUAAACUGUUCAGGCGGCGAUCAAGCGAUGCUGCUGUGCGCCGUGCCAGCCAUCCAGCUCCAUCAGUUCACACCCAGUGUUCUGUGUUCACCUGCCAGCUGAUUAGUCAGUAUAAGCAGCUGCUGAUGCGUGAACACCAAAUGCAGGGUGUCAGCAGCACUGAGCCAUUAGCAGUGGAAAUGCUUGAGAGAGAAGUGUUGUCUGGUUUCUACAAGGAACAGCUAGUUGGGCUGUGUACAGAGCUGACCUGGGACAUUCAAUGGCUGUAUGGUGUACCGCGCAUGUGUCGCGAACUCUACAAUCUGGAUGACCCUGAUGCCAUCACUUGGGCGGCCUUGCCAAUCCUGGAGCCAGUUGUUCCCCAGCUCCUGCGUGAGCUGAGGCACCGGCAAGCGCUAUCGCAGGUGUUUGACACUGCCAAGACACAUUCUGAGCAGAGCAAGUUGAUCUGGGCUGCAGUGUUUCAGCGCAUCUUGGAGGAGGCAGCUAUGCUGGGCUUCAGUGUUGCGUCGUGUGAGCUUGGAGAGCUUCCUGAGCAGUACAUGAAGAAGGCCACAGUCACCGGUAAUGAGCUGCGUACUCUGCAGGCGCUGCUGUCAGUGAUGGGACAGCCUGGGUCACCGGUGGACCUCGAUCACAUCAAGUCCAUUGCUGCUCAGCUGGAACAGACCAUCUCGGGCAUCAAGGCUGAUGAUCUGUGCAACACCAAGUCAGGAGCUAUGAGUCCCUUGUGUGCAUGUGUGUCUGCUCUGGAGUCUAUGUCAUCCAAUGGAAACAACACGGCGGACCCACAAAUAGUGUCUCGCUUGAUGAGUCAGGUCAUGAAGUGGAGAGAUCAGAAACCGGACCUAUUCUUCUUCGACUGUGACCUGUCAGCUACUCCAACCAAUCACAUUGCAGCUACCAUGGAGAUAAUGCGGCUAGUGCAGGUGGCGGUGGGCUAUUGUCCUGAAGUCUUGAGCGAUGACCAGUGGGACUUUGUCCUCUGCUCUUUGCUGGCUUGGUUCCAGACGUGCCGUCAGACGCAGCCUCAUACCAUCAGCUACAGCGGCCUGCUCUCCGCUGCUGCCAGGAAUGAGGGCUUGCUGCGAUGUCUGCACUUCACCGCCUUCUGCUGCCACAGCAACAAGCUGCUCUGUGCUGUUGUGCGGCUGCUGUCCGGCCCAGAGGAGAAUGUACCGGCUGCGCUGAAGAGCUCGUGGGACUCUUGGUGCGGCCAUGCUGUCUAUGCGGAGUUUGUGCCACUAUUCAUGGCAUGUGCUGACACUGCUUCCGUCACACUGACUCUCGGCAGAGAUCCCGUGAUCACGUGUCUGCAUCAGCUGCUGGAGCAUCUUUCUCUGUCCAUCUACCUGAUGCCGUCGUGUUUACUUGAGGGCGAGAGUCCCGAGUCGACGCAGCUCUUGGCCAUGCUGCAGGGUCAGCUUGAUGAAGAUGCUUGCCAAGGUCAGGACAUGGUCAAGGAGAUGGCGCGGCGCAUGAGCAUGAUCAACCCAGUUGUUCCCGUUCUGGGUGGCUCCUUACCGUCGCUGCUCCUAUCACCGAGCUGCUCUGUUCAGGCUGCGGCGUUCUUCACGAUCUGCAAGAUGGUGCCUGCUGUGGUAAAGAAAGCAAGUGACCGGUUACAGUCGGCCAGAGCCGAGGGUAAUGAAGGCAGUCUUGUAACUCUUCCGGCUGACUUGACGGUGCUUAUCGAUGAUCGGUGUGAAGAACUCGAGUCCUGGAUCACAUCCCAGCCAGAGCAGAAGCAGGGCAAGCAGGUGAACAUACCGCGUGCUAAUGUUGUUUAUCGCACGACAAGUGGCUACCUGCUUGCGUGGCAUCUUCUCCUGCUCAUUCUCAACAGAGCUGGACCGGAGCUUCGGGCUCAGUACGCGAGUGGUCUGCGUGAUGGUACAGAGCUAUCAUCACUCAUGAAGGUGCUGUUUGCGCUCAUGCCCACGCAACCUCCACAGUCCAUGCUAAAGCCACCGCUCGAAGUCGGUCAGCCAUCUCGCAGUUUACCUGUACCAUCUAUGAAGUAUGGCAGGAUGGACCACAGAGCCACUCUGUGGUGGAACAUCCCAGAGAUGGCUUGCAGUCUCUAUUUGUCAGCCAUGCAGCAAGUACCUGUGCUGGUUCGCCAAUGGUGGAACACUGUCGAUCGUGGCUUCUAUCAGAUGGUGGAAAAAUUCUCCACCCAGCACAUCAGUCCCAUCAUUCUGGAACAGGAGAUGAAAGCUUUGCAGUUGAAUGUUCAGCCAUUGGAGAACAUGGAGAUCCGCCCUAGACCAGGUGCACGUGAAGUGCUUGCCGUCUAUACAAUGGAGGAGAUAGUGGUGGAGCUGACCAUUGAGCUGGCGCAGUGCCAUCCGCUGCGGCCCGCCAAGGUGGAGUGCACCAAGAAAGUCGGCGUCAGGACGGAAGAGUGGCGACGCUGGCUGCUCCAGCUGACCACCUUCCUGGCAAACCAGAAUGGCAGUAUCCUGGACGGCCUUGCACUCUGGAAGAAGAGUCUUGAUCGUCGAUUCGAGGGCAUUGAGGAUUGCAUGAUUUGCUUCAGUGUGAUACAUGGCUCAAACUGCUCCCUGCCCAAGCUCAGCUGCCGGACAUGCAAGAAGAAGUUUCACUCCGAGUGCUUGUACAAGUGGUUCAACACAAGCAAUAAGUCGUCAUGUCCACUGUGCAGAAAUCUGUUCUGAGUUGCUACGGCGACACUGGCCGUAUGUACCGGUGUGUAUGUGCGCAUCACACACCAAAACGUUUGACCUUGAAUCGGCUGCUGUGCAUGCAUGUAGCAACAGCGCGCCUCUGACUAGUGUUGUGUAGGUUUCAUUCAUUGACUGAUAAAUGUUUUGCACACAUCGUGAUGGAGACUGCUCAUGCCCUGACUCCACUGUGCUACAUUAGGAGCUUCAUAAAACCGUCUACUUGCAUGUGUAAAUAGUCAUUGUCUAUCUAGCUAUUCUAUAGUUUGAUGAUCUAGUUUACCACACUGGCCAUAUUUUCCCAGCCAUAACUAGGUGACCCUCAUAGCUUCCAUGAUAUUUCACAAUGCUGUGUGCUGUGCAUCAUAUCUGCGUAACACACAACCUCUCAACUCUUCUACUUUGCUCACUGAUCACAACACACAUAAUACUUAGGGCAUUGCUCAAGUCUAAGCAGCGUUCGGUAGCCUACAGCCGCGUAACGUUCCUCGCUCGGUUGGUUUCCUUCAGUGCUCACUUAUGAUUCCAGUGUCUGGGCUGAUCUUUUUUAAUCCCCAUAUUUUUUUCAUGCCUGGUGCGUGUCUCCCCUCGUACGAUAUUUCUGGUCCCAGGCGUAUGUGUUCAGAUAGGCUGGCUUGUGUAAAGGAGUACUACUUUCAUGUCUCAUCCCAUCCUGUCGUCUGUCUUGCUUAGCACGAGACCACUGUUUCCACGUGCCUUUCACCUUUCCGCAGUCCGUAGCUCUUCUCUUUAUUUUCCAUUUUCCUGAUGCUGCAUGCGUAGCUUAGGUUUCUUUUUGGCCUGCUGUGUUUGUGUCCAUCCUGACUAGGCUGCUUGGCCACUGCCGGUCUGUGCUUGAUUCUUGCGUACACGACGACAGUACAUUAUGUACAUUCAUGUAUUCUCUGCAUUUCUAUCUCUCUUA